AUGGUCGUCCUAGCCGCAUCCAUAUGCACCCGUGGAGGGAAAGCUGUCCUCUCGAGACAGUUUCGCGAGAUGCCCAGAUCGCGAAUCGAAGCCCUACUCGCCUCCUUCCCGAAGCUCGCCGAUUCUAGCACCCAGCACACCACAGUCGAGCAGGACAACGUCCGCUUCGUCUACCAGCCCCUCGACGAGCUCUACAUGGUCCUGAUCACCAACCGUCAGUCCAACAUCCUACAGGACAUCGACUCCCUCCACCUGUUCGCCCAAGUCGUCUCGAGUACGUGCAGGACAUUGGACGAGCGAGAGAUCGUGAAGAAUGCGUACGAACUGCUCAGCGCUUUUGACGAGCUGGUUACGCUCGGCUACCGAGAGAACUUGACCCUCAGCCAGAUCAAGACUUUCUUGGAGAUGGAAAGUCAUGAGGAGCGGAUUCAAGAGAUCAUUGCACGAAACAAAGAGUUGGAGGCCACCGAGGAACGUAAGAGGAAGGCCAAGCAGCUCGAGAUGCAGCGCAAGGAAUCCGCACGAAACGUUCGCCCCGGCGCUCCACGGACGCCCGUAUAUCCUACAUACACGCCGCCUAGCCGCCGGACUCCUGUGGAAAGCUAUGACUCCUACGAAGCCGAAAAGAACAAGUCUUACAAGCCUACAGCGAUGAAGGGCAAGGGAAUGCAGCUAGGCAAGAAGUCCAAAACUACGGACAUGUUCGAGCGUGUGCGGGGAGACAUGGGUGCUGAAGUCGACGAUUCGCCUCUCGUGCCAGCCGCUCCUGCACCUGUUGCUGAAACCGCAGCGCCGCGGAUGUCAUCUACUUUGGAUCGCGAUGCGAUACAUAUUACUGUCAAUGAGUCGAUUGGAGCGAAGUUGUCCCGGGAAGGCACAAUGAACUCUCUGACCGUCAGCGGUGAUCUCAGCCUACGGAUCUCGGACCCGAGUUUGACCAAGAUCAAACUUGAUCUCUCGGCAAAUGCGUCGCACGGUUGCCAGUUCCGCACUCACCCGAACGUUGACCGUGGGCUCUUCACCAGCUCCAAGACCAUCCAGAUGAGCAAUGCUGCUCGCGGGUUCCCUGUCAACAACUCUGUCGGUGUGUUGAGAUGGCGAGCCACCCCAAAGGCGGAUGAUACCAGUGCUCUACCCAUCAGUUUCACUGUUUGGGUGAACAAGGGCUCCGGCAACAAUUACACAAUGACGGUUGAAUACGAGCUUACAGGAGGUGACGUGCUCAAGGAUGUGUCUGUUGUGAUCCCCUACGCCACAAGCGAGCCCUCGGUUUCCAGCUUUGACGCUACCUAUGAAGUAUCAGGGGAUAGUCUCGAGUGGGCGAUUGGAACUGUCAGCGACGACAACGCGAAUGGCUCAUUCGAAUUCGAUGCCCAGGCAGAUGACGAAAACGAGUUCUUCCCUAUGCAAGUGCGAUUCUCCAAAUCGUCGCCAUUCAUCGAUGUUGAUGUCACAUCGGUCUCACUGUUAGAAGAGAACGAAGAAGUCACAUUCUCAAAGGACAUCAAGUCAGUGGCUGAUAACUAUAUUGUCGAGUAG